AUGACUUCUAAACGGGAUCGCAAGUGCCUUACUCUUGAGGACCGUGUUAAAUGUUUAAAAUUACUUGAGUUGGGAAAAAGUUCAUGUGUUGUGGCUGCUAAGAUCGGUGUUGGACGUAUGCAGGUUCAGAAUGUUUUAAAGCGUAAAAGAGAAAUCAUGGAGGAGUACGAAUCAAAUGGGAAUUUAUCUUUGAAGCGGCUGAAGAGAGACACUGAGUACAGUGAUAUAAACAGUCUAGUGUACCGUUGGUUUUUGGAUGCCACUGCAAGGUUAUUCCCAGUGUCAGGACCUCUGAUCCAGGAAAAAGCAAGGACUUUUGCUCAGGAUUUAGGGUUUGUUGACUUUAAGGCAAGCAAUGGAUGGUUAGAAUCUUUUCUUAAGAGAAAUAACAUUGUUUUUAAGACUCAGUCUGGUCAACAUGGUGAGGUCAAACGUGACACUGUGUCUCAAUGGAAGGAAUCCAUUCCGUCAGCCUGUGAAAGUUAUGCUCCUGAAAACAUAUUUAGGAUGGAUGAGACUGGUCUCUUCUACAAAGACUCGACUAAGUCUACUUUCUUCAAGAAGGGCGAUACAUGUGCUGGGGGGAAACGAUCCAAACAACGUAUAACAGUGGCACUCUGCGCAUCCAUGACUGGUAAGUAA